GCGCCUUGCCUCAGCUCCAUCAUCUCUCCGCCACUCUCGCCCUGCUUGCACCGAACAAAGUCUAUUCUCAGCCAGCCUCGAGAUCAAGUCUUUGUGUCACUCCACGCGGGCAGCGGUCGAACGUUCUCUUUCGCAAAGUCAUAGUCAGUAAGACGACUUUGUCUUCGGAGUCAUUCUAUUUGGGCCUUCAAUCGAUGCUUCUCUAGGUCGUAGAACCAGACGCGCCGCCCCAGUACUGAUUUGCAAGCAGCAGUGCGCUUCGAGCGGCGCUCACCCUGCGUGACUGGCGCGGUUGCCUACAACUAGGCUCUGCCACGCUUUUCGAUCUCGAGGGCCUGAUCGAUCAGCCAUGAGCAACAGAGCUGUGUCUGCUACGUAUCGGCAGAUCAUCGAUGAUGUGAUCGCAAACGUGCGCCAAGACUUUGAGGACGUCGGCGUGGAGAAGGAAGUGUUGGAGGAGCUUCAGCGCAGCUGGGAAGCCAAAAUUCUCGCGACUGGAGUUGCUGAAUUCGAUGGUGCUCCGUCGUCAUCGGCGGGCAAAGGCGGGAGCAAGAAAGGCGGCAAGGCGGACAAGGACAAGGAAGUGAAGCCUAAUGUCAAGAACCCUCCAGCCUCUGGCCAUUCGUCUCAACACCCCGAUAUGAAGUCCGAGGACAAUGGUCAGGCUUCGAGUAGCGACUCGCGAAAGAUGCACAAGACCGAAGACGGCAAGGCCAAACGAGAUUUUGGCGACGGUCACGACGAUGGUUCCAUCAAUGGUAAUGGCAAGGAGAAAGCGGGGGAGAAGCGCAAGAGAGCUGCCCAGACUGACGAGAUCAACAGCGAUCUCGAUGACAGCGAUGACGAAGAAAAGGAUGUAGGCGAGAUCGAAGGUGAAGACAUGAUCCUGUGCCUGUACGACAAGGUUCAGCGUGUCAAGAACAAGUGGAAGUGCGUCCUCAAGGAUGGCAUCGCCAACAUAGAUGGUCGAGACUACGUCUUCUCCAAGCUCAACUCUGACUUUGAAUGGUAAUCACCUCGCAUUCAAGCCUGUCAGCCCUUCGCUUUCCGCGCACAUCCUUUGACAUGCUUCAUAAGGCCUUGGUCCAACAUCCGGAUUGAAGCGGCUGAGUUCCCUUCCAGCACAAGUGAAGGACGCGAUCUCCCUGAAUCAUGACAAGAAUCGUGUCGGCCUCCUCGCGGUUACGCAGCCGAUCAUCUCUCCUCGCGGCCAAAAGCUUAAGCCAAACAAAACAAAGACCACAAUUCGACCAAUCGCUUCACCUUAAGUCCAUGUGAAGACCGCACGCAAUAUCACAUUGCCAACAUCCUUACAGGCCCAUAUCAGAUCCCAUGUCGCAUACUGUACCACUAGCAUUUCAUCUAAGUCCCACGAAUUCGUCGCGCAGGCCUUGCUUCGCUCUACUUCUGCGAUUCCGUGAUGUCGAUGGGAUGAGUUGGCACACUCAGCGUGCGACGACGUCCCCCAUCCGGACCUUCACAAUUCAAAUCUGAUGCUGUUCUUCCUCUC